UGAAUCGCAGACGACUUCGUCACUGAACCAUCUACUGAUUCCGUCAUGUCCUCUCGUAGACGAAAGAUUCCCUUUUUAUUUUCUUUAUUUCCCUCGUCCUCCCGCCAAAUGAAACUGAAAACUUUCUGAUUAAGCUUACCGUUGGAAUGUCAAUACCCUCCUUCACUGCCACUGCUUCUUCCAUGAUUUCUGUUUAUAUUUUCUUCUUUUUUCUGGUAACAACCUCCGAUGCUUCUUUUGUUGACAAAUUUGGAGCAAAUGAAAGGUUGUCCGCCCCCAGAAUUACCCAAAGUCCUAGCAACAGAUUUGCAGUUUCCUCAAAUUUUGCAUUCACCACCCAAAAGCCGCUGAAUUUAUUAGCAAACUACACCAGGCGAAGGAUCAGCAAGAAAUUGGAAUUGGCCAAUGUUAUAAUCAGCGGAAACAUCACAAUUCAUAGCGAAAACAAUACCUUCCAGCUUGGCUUUUUUAGCCCACAUGAAAGCUCUAAGUGGUAUCUAGGCAUUUGGUACUCUUCAAUCCCGACUCCAACUUAUGUCUGGGUAGCCAACCGAGAAACACCCAUCACCAAACCUGCGUCUUGCACACUACAAAUCACCGAAACUGGCAAAUUGGCAAUAAUGGAGUCGCCAAAUUCUGUCAUUUGGCAGAGUACAAACAAUGAACGUGCAACAGAUUUUCGCUUUCUAGACAAUGGAAAUCUGGUUCUAUUAUCAGCUACAGGGGCAACAUUGUGGCAAAGCUUCAAUUAUCCGACGGACACGUGGUUACCGGGCAUGAACAUUACCAAGGAGCAAUCAUUAACCUCUUGGCGGAGCUUAGCCGACCCAUCGCCUGGAUUAUACUCUCUCAGGCUAAACCCACGAGAGUACAAUGAAAUUGAGCUCGUACAUAACAAAAGUGUCAGUUAUUGGAGCACAGGUAACUGGACCGGUGCGAAAUUCGCCCGUGUACCCGAAAUGACAAUAGAGUACAUAUACAAAUUCCACUUCGCCAAUCCUUUUACCCCUGCUGCGUCAUUUUGGUACACGGAAAUAGCAAAAGAUAGAGCGCUGAGCCCGCCGUUGACUCGAUUUCAGGUAGAUGUCGAUGGGCGGUUCAAACAAUAUACGUGGUCGCCGCAGACGGAGAAUUGGAGCAAGUUCUGGUCACAGCCGGAUAAUUGGUGUAAAGUUGAUCGAUUAUGCGGGGAUUUGGGAUUUUGUGAAAGCAGUUCCACAUCGCCAAAGCCUUGUUCUUGCCUUCCAGGCUUUAGGCCUGUUAGUGAUUACGAUUGGGAAUUUGGGGAUUAUUCUGGCGGUUGUGUCAGGGAGAAUGGGAAUUCCUGUAACGAGACUGAUGGGUUCAUGGAGGUUGGUGUCAUGGAGUACGAGGGAGCAGUUUUGAUUUCGUUUUCGGGUAGUAUAAGCUUUUGCGAGAGAUCUUGUUUGGGUAAUUGUUCUUGUAUCGGUUUGCUCCAUGACGAGAGGACUAAUUUAUGCAAGAAUUUAUAUGGGACUCUAUUGAAUUUGAGAAAUCUGGGCUUUAAUACUGCAUAUCAAGAUGUGCUGUUUGUUAGGGUUCCAGAACAAGGAACGGUAAAGAAGAAUGAGUCCAAGUCUGUGCUUUUGAUUGUUAUCAUUCUUGGGUCUAUUGCCAUUUUUGUGUUGGCAAUAGGAGUUUUGCUGACUCUGCAGAUGAGGAGGAAGAGCAAGAGGAGGACUGAGGAUGGUGGCUUUCCGAUGUUGAAUUUGAAGGUAUUUUCUUACAAAGAGCUGUAUGCAGCAACUAGGGGUUUCUCAGAUAAACUUGGACACGGUGGAUUUGGUGCAGUGUUUCAAGGUGAGUUAUUAGAUUCUACCCUUGUUGCUGUGAAACGCCUUGAAAGGCCAGGGAGUGGAGAGAGAGAGUUCAAGGCAGAGGUAUGUACCAUUGGGAACAUUCAACAUGUUAAUCUUGUGAGGCUUAGAGGGUUUUGCUCAGAGAAGUCUCAUAGGCUUCUAGUUUAUGAUUACAUGCCAAAUGGUCCUUUGAGUGUUUAUUUGCGCCAAGGUGGUCCCAGUUUGAGCUGGGAAGUUAGAUUUCGAGUGGCCAUUGGGACUGCUAGAGGCAUUGCAUAUUUACAUGAGGAAUGUAGAGAUUGCAUCAUCCAUUGUGAUAUCAAACCAGACAACAUCCUUCUGGAUGGUGAUUACACUGCCAAGGUAUCCGAUUUUGGCCUAGCAAAGCUUGUUGGUCGUGACUUCAGUCGAGUUUUAACUACCAUCAGGGGUACUUGGGGCUAUGUCGCACCAGAGUGGAUAUCUGGAGUGGCAAUUACUCCAAAAGCAGAUGUUUAUAGUUAUGGAAUGACAUUAUUGGAAUUGCUUGCAGGUCGCAGAAAUGUAGAGGCACCAGCAUCUGCAGGUGGUGGUAAUGGUGGUGAAGAGAGCAAAAAGGGGGAGAUAUGGUUUUUCCCUCCAUAUGCUGCACAACAAAUUAUUGAAGGCAAUGUAGCAGCAGUGGUAGAUUAUAGGCUUGGCAGUGCAUAUAAAAUUGAGGAGGCUAAGCGUGUUGCGUUGGUGGCAAUUUGGUGCAUACAGGAUAAUGAAGACAUGAGGCCUGCAAUGGGGAUGGUAGUGAAUAUGCUAGAGGGGGUAGUGGAAGUGCCCUCUCCUCCGGCACCAAAAUUGUUACAAGCACUGAUUUCUGGAGAGUCUUACCAUGGGAUUCGGAUAGAUUCUGGCAAUGAUAUAUCUAUGAGUGGUAAAUGUUCUGAUGAUAGUAUGGGAGUAUCUAGUUGUGGUUCACAAUUAUCUCCUGCUAAUGCCAACUUCACAAGUCGGAUACCAUCUGUUGCCCUUAAAUAACUUUGGCGUUAUUCUUUCCUUUUCCUCUCCCUCUUAAUGAGUUGUAUAAUAUCAUGUGUAAAAUGAGUUGCUGCUGUAUGAAAGUUUUGGCUGCUUCAAAUUUCAAAUGAUUUUAAGUUCUGCAAGAUUAGAGUUCAUUAUUGUUGCUUGGAAGUUGGUCAUUGGAGUGUCACAAGAUUCGUUAAACCAGUCCAGCUCCAGCCAUGUGUUUUCUUAGAGAUGAUAAUUAUCUGUACUAUUGAGGUGUAUUCGCAUGAUCAUAAAGAAGGAAUGGUGGUCCUAAAUGGCCAAAUCAGCAAACUGCUUUUCAUUGCUUGAAGGGCCUAGAUCGAGCUCCUAGUCUUAGUCAAGGAGUCAAUCAAGGCUUGCCUAUCAUUUUCAAUUUUAAAUUAAGCUACUGUUUGUGUUUGGUUGGUCGUUUUCAA